AUGAAGUUCAACGUCGCUGCCGCUGCCGCCGGCGCAGCUUUUCUGGCCGGUGGCGUAAGCGCCGAGGACCAGAAGGUGAUCAAGGACGAGACCAGCUCGGUCGCCGAGUCGGCCACCAAGGCCGCCCCCGAGCUUCCUACCUUCACUCCCUCCAAGCUCAAGGCCCCCUUCCUCGAGCAGUUCACCGACGACUGGGAGAAGCGGUGGAAGCCCUCCCACGCCAAGAAGGAGGUCCAGGGUGACGAGGAAUGGGCCUACGUCGGCGAGUGGGCGGUUGAGGAGCCGACUGUCUACAAGGGAAUGGAGGGCGACAAAGGUCUUGUCAUCAAGAACCCCGCUGCCCACCACGCCAUCUCGGCCAAGUUCCCUAAGAAGAUCGACCCCAAGGGCAAGACCCUGGUGGUCCAGUACGAGGUCAAGUUGCAGAAUGGUCUCGAGUGCGGUGGCGCCUACAUGAAGCUCCUGAGGGACACCAAGGCCCUGCACCAAGACGAGUUCUCCAACACGACCCCGUACGUCAUCAUGUUCGGUCCCGACAAGUGCGGCCACACCAACAAGGUGCACUUCAUCUUCAACCACAAGAACCCCAAGACGGGCGAGUACGAGGAGAAGCACCUGACCUCCCCGGCGGCGGCCAAGAUCGUCAAGACCACGGAGCUGUACACGCUCAUCGUGCACCCCAACAACACGUACGUCAUCGAGCAGAACGGCGAGCAGGUCAAGGAGGGCAGCCUCCUCGAGGACUUCACUCCCGCGGUCAACCCUCCCAAGGAGAUUGACGACCCCAAGGACAAGAAGCCCGAGGACUGGGUCGACGAGGCGCGUAUCCCCGACCCCGAGGCCAAGAAGCCCGAGGAUUGGGAUGAGGAUGCCCCCUUCGAGAUUGUCGAUGAGGAGGCUACCCAGCCCGAGGACUGGCUCGUUGACGAGCCCUUGAUCGUCGCCGACCCCGAGGCUCAGAAGCCCGAGGACUGGGAUGACGAGGAGGACGGUGACUGGAUUGCCCCCACCGUCUCCAACCCCAAGUGCGCCGAUGUUUCUGGCUGUGGCCCGUGGACCAAGCCGAUGAAGAAGAACCCCGACUACAAGGGCAAGUGGACCGCCCCGUACAUCGACAACCCGGCCUACAAGGGUGUCUGGGCUCCUCGCCAGAUUAAGAACCCGGACUACUUCGAGGACAAGCACCCCGCCAACUUUGAGCCCAUGGGCGCUAUCGGCUUUGAGAUCUGGACCAUGCAGAACGACAUCCUCUUCGACAACAUCUACGUCGGCCACUCGGUCGAGGACGCCAAGAAGCUCGCCGAGGAGACCUUCUUCAAGAAGCACCCCGUUGAGAAGGCGCUAGAGGAGGCCGACAAGCCCAAGGAGGCUGAGAAGCCCAGCUCGCCGAGCGACCUCAAGUUCCUCGACGACCCCAAGACGUACGUCCAGGAGAAGCUCGACCUAUUCUUGACCAUCGCCAAGCAGGACCCUCUUGAGGCUAUCAAGUUUGUGCCUGAGAUCGCCGGCGGUAUUGCCGCUAUCUUCGUCACCUUCGUCGCUCUCAUCUUCGGUCUCAUCGGGCUCGGCUCCUCCCCUGCCCCGGCCGCCAAGAAGGUUGCGGCCGAUGUCAAGGAGAAGGCCAAGGACGUGAAGGACAAGGCUGCUUCGGCUGCGGCCACCGGCGCCGACACCGCCAAGGAGGCGACCAAGCGCAACACUCGGAGCCAGUCGUAG